AUGGUCAUGUUCGCCCCGUCGCCGACCAGACUUUCCUCCCUCUUGCUACUGUGUCUUUUUGCAGCCUUCAUCAACGCCACAGAUGACACCGUGUACCCAGAUCUUGUUCGAUCGCUGAGGACAAGUCCGACAGAGCUCGAUAAGCUUGUUAUCCUCCCCGACGAUAAAGACUGGACGUUCGACUACUUCGCUCAUGCAUUCCACACCAAUAAUCCCGGAGGCGUUGUCAACGCCAAUGCCGCGACAUUCCCAGCAACUGUUGGCAAUGGCAUGACCAUGGCUUGGAUCAGUCUCGGUCCCUGCGCUAUGCUGCCGCCGCAUUACCACGCUCGUGCUUCCAACUAUGUGGUUUCGAUCGAGGGGACUACCGAGACCUACAUGACGCUAGAGAACGGAGCUCGAGUGGUCAAGACAACUUUGGCGCCCGGGAUGAUGACGCUCUUCCCGCAAGGUAGUUUGCACACGAUGCAAAACACAGGGUGCGAUAAUGCUACUCUGAUCUCUGCUCUGAGCUCAGAAGAUGCCGGCACCCAUAAUGUAGCCAAUGGACUCUUCGACCUUCCUCCGGGUGUAGUGGCAGCAGCAUUCGGAGGAAACCCGCUAUCAGCAAAGUUUGCACAACUCCGACGCGAUAUCCCGGCCGUCGGAACUGGUGCCGCGGUUGGCACUGCAGAAUGCCUGAAGCGGUGCGAAGCUAUUGGCUCCAAGUAG